ACAAGUCAACAGAACAGAACAUAGAAAGAAAGGAGAAAAAGGAGUAGCAAAUAGAACAAACAAGUUAAAGAGAUGGUCACAUUUAUGGUAAAAGAGAUGUUCUAAAACUAUUUAAUUUGGCUGGGGUCGGUACCAAAACAAAAGCCACAGUGAAGACACCUUUGGACUUUGGUUGCAAAUCUCUGUCAUAACCUCAAACUCAGAUCCAAACUGCAUUGGAACUUAACUACCCUUACCCAACAUCAUCUCAUUCAUUUCUCUCUCUUUCUUCGUUUUUGGACUUAGCUUAGUUCGGUGACCCCCAAAAGCCAUCAACGAAACCGCAUGUCGGGGAAUUCUUCUCAUUCCAUAGUUCGAGUGGUACCAGAUGAGACUCUUCACUUUUGUUCAGAGGUUUCCAUAGGUUGCAUUUGGUUAAUUGCAGCAUUCUCUUGAAGAUAAAAAGGAAGAGAAAAUGAGGAUGAGGAACAAAUACAGGAAACCAACAACUUUACGUUGCAAUGCAGGGAGCAGAUGUUCAACGUCUGUUGUGGUAUUGAGCUUGUUAGGAUGCUUAUAUUUGCUUCAUUUUUAUACCCUUAUUCAUCACAGAGAUAGAAAUGGUGAAGAGUCUCUAUUGCGUAUUAGUAAUCAUCCCCAAUUCCGUGAACUUCAAGAAGUGGAAGAGGAAGAUGUUCAAAUCCCCCCACCAAGGGGAAAGAGGUCCCCUCGGGCAGCAAAACGCAGACCUAAACGGACAACCACGCUGAUUGAUGAAUUCUUGGACGAAAAUUCCCAACUUAGACAUGUGUUUUUUCCUGGUAAAAAAAUAGCUAUAGAUCCAAUGCAGACUGCUGUGAACGAAAGUUAUUACUACUACCCUGGGAGAAUUUGGUUAGAUACCGAUGGAAAUCCUAUUCAAGCCCAUGGAGGGGGCAUUAUAUAUGAUAAAAGAUCAAGAACAUACUAUUGGUAUGGUGAAUAUAAAGAUGGCCCUACCUACCAAAUUCACAAGAAAGGAGCUGCUCGGGUGGACAUUAUUGGAGUUGGUUGCUAUUCUUCUAAGGAUUUGUGGACCUGGAAACACAAGGGGAUUGUAUUAGCGGCAGAGGAAACAGAUGAAACCCAUGACCUGCACAUGUCUAAUGUGCUUGAGCGACCAAAAGUGAUUUACAAUGAGAGGACUGGAAAGUAUGUGAUGUGGAUGCAUAUUGAUGAUGCCAACUAUACCAAAGCGGCUGUUGGAGUAGCAGUCAGUGACACACCUGAUGGGCCAUUUGAUUAUCUUGGUAGCCAAAGACCCCAUGGAUAUGAAAGCAGGGAUAUGACAGUUUUCAAAGACGACGAUGGUGUGGCAUAUCUAAUCUACUCCUCUGAAGACAAUAGUGAACUGCACAUGGGACCCCUUACUGAAGAUUAUCUCAACGUGACAUCUGUCAUGAGAAGGAUUCUGGUGGGACAGCAUAGAGAAGCACCAGCUUUGUUCAAGUAUCAGGGCACAUAUUACAUGAUCACGUCAGCCUGCACUGGAUGGGUCCCAAAUGAGGCAUUGGCUCAUGCAGCUGAGUCUAUUUUGGGGCCUUGGGAAACAGUUGGAAAUCCCUGUAUUGGAGGAAACAAAAUGUUUAGGCUUACAACCUUCUUUGCUCAGAGCACUUUUGUGCUUCCUCUACCUGGCUUCCCGGGUUCAUUUAUUUUCAUGGCCGAUCGGUGGAAUCCGGCCGACUUAAAAGACUCCAGAUAUGUAUGGUUGCCUUUGAUAGUAGCAGGACCUGUUGAUCAGCCUCUUGAGUACAGUUUUGAAUUUCCAUUGUGGUCAAGAGUGUCUAUCUAUUGGCACCGAAAAUGGAGACUGCCUCACGGCUGGAACGGCUUCAAAUAAUGUAGCUUCCCUUUGUACAUUGUAAUAUACAAAGAUUUGGUAUACGGUUAUAUAUCUUACCGUGUUGCAUGCCAAGCACUAGUUGAGAAAGCUCACUGCUUGAGGAAUCGGACAUAGAAACCUAAGUCUCAAUAGUAUGCCACCUUUAAUUUAGGAUAAGCUGAGAUUAGUUUGAGGGAGCGCGUGCAAACCGAGAAAGAUUAUCCACUUGAUUGGAAUUUUUCUAAUAAUCCAGCAUUGUUUGUCAGUUGUGUAACGACAUCAUGUAAUUAAUUGUUAGCUAUGUAAAUGAUUCUUUCAUGUGUGUA